UCAGAUGUUCCGCUAAUGCAGAGCUGUAUGACAGAUUCAAUGCAAACGAGAGCCGGAGGUGAUGAAAGAUCUGGGCCGAUGCUGCAGAGGAAGGAGUCGUUUUCUCUCCUCUCGUCAUCAGAGAAGUGGCUCUUCAAUGGGAAGAAGAGGAAGCAGAGGAAGAGAGAUGUGGAUUCGCUCAGUCUGUGCAGCUUGGACAUCAAUGAGCCCAGCAGCAAGCGUGUGAAGCCUCUGUCUCGAGUCACGUCUCUGGCGAGUCUCAUCGCUCCAGUCCAAGCUGCUCCGCUCAAACGCAUCGGACAGACGCUGCAGCGCUCCAUCAGCUUCCGCAGCGUCUGCAAGCCGGAGAUCAUGUCACCACGUCCGUGGAGCAGGCAGAUCGCGCCGGCCAACACCAAACGCAGAGACAGCAAGCUGUGGAGCGAGACCUUCGACCUGGGCCUGGGACACAUGCUGUCCUCCGAAGAGAUCAAGAGACAAGAGGCCAUCUUUGAGCUGUCUCAGGGAGAACAGGACCUGAUUGAGGACUUGAAGCUGGCCAAGAAGGCGUACCGUGACCCCAUGCUGAAGCUGUCCAUCAUGAGCGAACAUGAACUCAAUCAGAUCUUUGGCACGCUGGACUCCCUCAUUCCUCUGCAUGAAGAUCUGCUGAGUCGACUCCGAGAGGUCAGAAAGCCGGACGGCUCGACCGAUCACGUGGGCCAUAUUCUAGUGGACUGGCUCCCUUGUCUUGAAACCUACACCAGUUACUGCAGUAACCAGGUGGCAGCCAAAGCACUGCUGGACCAUAAGAAGCAGGAGCAUCGGGUGCACGACUUCCUCCAGCGCUGUCUGGAGUCGCCCUUCAGCCGCAAACUGGACCUCUGGAGCUUCCUGGACAUCCCCCGCAGUCGCCUGGUCAAGUACCCGCUGCUGCUGCGAGAGAUCCUCAAACACACGCCGAACGAGCACCCCGACCGCCAGCACCUCCAUCCCGCUAUGAACAUGAUCCAGAGCAUCGUGGCAGAUAUUAACACUCAGACGGGCGAGUCGGAGUGCCGUUACUAUAAAGAGCGCUUGCUGUAUCUGGAAAGCGGUCAGAGAGAUCUGCUGAUCGACAGCUCGAGGAUCCUCAGCUGCCACGGACAGCUCAAGAACAACAGAGGAGUCAAGCUGCAUGUGUUCCUGUUUCAGGACGUGUUGGUGGUCACCCGGGCCGUCACCCAGAAUGAGCAGCUGUGCUAUCAGCUUCACCAGCAGCCCAUCCCCGUCAGAGAUCUGGAGUGGGAAGACCUGCAGGACGGAGAGAUCCGCCUCGGAGGAUCCAUCAGAGGAGCCUUCAGCAACAGCGAGCGCACCAAAAACUUUUUCCGGGUGGCGUUUCGCAGCGGAGGACAGCUGCAGACGCACUGCUUCCAGGCCAGCGAUGCCUUCAAUAAACAGCAGUGGCUCAACUGCAUUCGGCAGGCCAAAGAAGCUGUGUGCUCUGCAGAGUGUGACCCACAGACAGCAGCUCGGUGCUCAGACUGCAGCGCUGAGUGCUCACAGAUGGACCUGACAGACCUGACCCUCACGCCUGUGGACACAUGAGACACCCUCACCAGUACUGUGUUGCAGAACAUGAAGCACUUCUCUGAGACUGAGUUCUGUGUUAGUCUGUGCCUUGCUUUCUCUGCGCUGUUGUUUGUGGCAGUCGUUCAGAAACUGAGCGUCUGGGUCCAGCGUUUCACUUUAAUCUCGCUGUCUGCAACUGAAAUGCACUACUGUCUGUGCAAGAAAACUGAGGCUGAAAAAUUGUUCAGGUGUUUCACGUUCAUACUGUUAUCACUAAUAAAAAAUGACCAGUCGAAUGUUUUCACGAGUAAAGGGUGAUCAAAGUAUUUCUGAAAAAGAAAUUUAGCACUGUCAAACGAUUAAUCAUGAUUAAUCACGUUCAAAAUAAGUUUUUGUUUACAUAAUAUAUGUGUGUACUGUGUAUAUUUAUUAUAUCUAUAUAAACACACACACAUACUGUACAUAUAUUUUGUGUAUAAAUUUUAAU